CCUCGCUUCCUGCUCCGGCCCUGCGGCGCACCAGCUCCCGAUGGAGGUGGCUGAGGAUGAGCAGUUGGUGCGGUGCCCUGUGUGCCUGCGGGAGCUGCCUGGCGCGCACAUUAACUCGCACCUAGACUCGUGCUUGCAGGGCGGGGAGGAUGAGGUGGAGCCGGGCCCGUCGACAACCUGCAAGCGGCAGCGCUUCACCGCUGCCCCGUCGGGUAGCCAGGUAGAGGGGGAGCCGGAGGAGGCCGGCCAGGCCACCGGCUCGUCCUUCCUUCACAAGGGCCGUGGCGGCGGGCAGAGCCCCGGAGCCCCUAGCAGGAAGAGCUGGACGGGGCGGGAGGAGGCCGCCGCAGUGAAGCCGGAGGAUGGAGGCUCGGCGGGUAGCGGGCCGGCGCCGCGCAGAACCCUGGCGCAGAAGCUGGAGGAGAAACCUCUGGCCGAGCGGCUGCGGCCGAGCGCGCUGGGGGAUUACGUGGGGCAGGAGCGGGUGUUGGGAGCGCAGACCCUGCUGCGGAGCCUGCUGGAAUCACAUGAAAUCCCCUCCCUCAUCCUCUGGGGACCACCGGGCUGCGGCAAGACUACACUGGCACACAUCAUAGCCAACAGCAGCAGAAAGAACGGCACGUGGUUCGUGACACUGUCAGCCACCAGUGCCAGGACAACUGAUAUUCGAGAUGUCAUCAGCCAAGCUCAGAAUGAAAAAAAACUCUUCAAAAGAAAAACCAUCCUCUUUAUUGAUGAGAUCCAUCGUUUCAAUAAAUCUCAGCAGGACACUUUCCUUCCUCACGUUGAGCGUGGGACGUUGACUCUGAUAGGAGCGACCACUGAAAACCCUUCUUUCCAAGUCAACGCAGCUCUUCUGAGUCGAUGCCGGGUGAUUGUCCUGGAGAAGCUCUCAGUUGAAGCGAUUGAGGCGAUUCUGAUGCGGGCUGUCAGGUCCUUAGGGGUCCAGAUUUUGGGCCAGGGUGAUCAGCACAGCAGCUCUGCGACUGGCAGCAGCAGUGAGAGCUCAGAACUCCCAGUGUACAUAGAGGAGAAGGCUCUAAAAACCCUACCCUACCUGUGCGACGGUGAUGCAAGGACUGGACUGAAUGGACUCCAGUUAGCAGUUCAGGCCAGAUUAGCAAUGGGGAAGACCACUCCUCUGAAUAUUCCCAAAGGUGGUUCUACAGAUGGCAUUCUGAUAACAGAAGAGGAUGUAAAGGAAGGGCUACAGCAAUCUCACAUCCUGUAUGACCGAGCAGGAGAAGAACAGUACAAUUGCAUCUCUGCCCUGCAUCAUUCUCUGAGAGGCUCAGAUGAAAAUGCUUCCCUUUACUGGCUUGGUCGAAUGCUUGAAGGUGGUGAGGAUCCACUCUAUGUGGCAAGGAGGCUGGUGAGGUUUGCAAGUGAAGAUAUAGGGCUGGCAGAUCCUCUGGCUUUAACACAAGCAGUUGCUGCUUAUCAAGGUUGUCACUUUAUUGGAAUGCCAGAAUGUGAGGUGAUUCUAGCACAGUGUGUAGUGUACUUUGCCAGAGCACCCAAGUCUAUAGAGGUGUACAGGGCAUAUAACAAAGUCAAAGAAUGUCUGAGAAUGCACACGGGACCUCUGCCACCUGUUCCACUGCACCUGAGAAAUGCCCCAACAACGCUCAUGGAGAAUUUGGGCAAAGGCUGUAAAUACAACCCCGCAUACAAGGAACCUGUAGAGCAAGACUUUCUACCAGAGGAGUUAAAAGGAACAGACUUCUUCAAGGAAUGAAGAACAUGACCAUCUUGCUCAGAAUGGGUUUUGAUUAUAUGACUCAUACCUCUGUAUCGGGAUGGAAAUUCCCCUUACAGUCUCAGCCAUGUAUUAUUGUGGUUGAAAGUAUUAAGCCACUAAGCCUUUCAGAUACUUUCUUAUCCUUCUGGUUUUACUGCUGUUAUUCUUUAGGUGUUUUGUAAAGAAUUGCAGUUAGGCAACAGAGAGUACAAAAAAAGCUUUAUCAGUACAGUGCUGUCUCCCUCUUAUUCAAAGAAAAUGGAGAAAAAGAAAGGCUUGUGGCUUUGGCUCUUGCUGUUAGAUGAGAGGGGUAUCAUUGUGCUGCUUUUUAAAGUCAGUAUCUGCUUCAGAUUUUGUGAAUGUUUAUUUUCUGGAAAAGUAGUGAAUUGUAUCCCCUCUGCUAAGAUACAGCAAACAAAAUAUAAUUACAGUGUAAUUCUUGUUCUUGUGAUGUUCCAGAGAUAAGUUUUGUACAAAAUUGAUUAAACCAGUAAAGUUGUUAA